GCAGAGCACACGGCAUAUGUAUUAAGGUGGAAGGUGGGUGCAGUCCUUCAUGCAUGAGCCGGCCUCCUGAGCUCAGCUUCCAGCCCGUGUUUAGGGGCCUUCACACCUGAGACCAAGACACUUUACGGCAGUUGUCAUCCUUUGCAGGGGAGUGAGACCAUCUGCCAUUUCGGACCCUUUCUGCUACCUGCCAGGUGGCCCCACGGCUAACGAGGAUGGCAGACUUCCCAGUCUCCCCGGACUCCUUGAAGCCAGCAUCUCCGCCCGGCGGUCUCAUCUUCCUCACACGCCUCCUACUCUUCCUCCUCCGGCCUGAGGAGCUGUGCUCAGGUAGCCAGGACACGAGCGCCCAGCUCUGUCCACCCUCCUGCCAGGUGGUCCCCAGGGCUGAGGUCUUAGAACAUGGUCCCGGGCCGCGCCAGAUGCCAAAAUGUCCAUACGAGAAGGUUCCCAUCCUGCCCGAGCCCAGGCAGCCCCACAGUGCUGCUCCCCGACGCACCGCCCCAGCUCCUCUGCACGCCCCAGCACCCGAGGGUCCACAGGCUCAGCAGUGAGCGCGGUGGGCGGGUGCCGGGAGAGUCACCGUUCUGAGUGUGUGCUGAGCCAGUUGGUACGUGUGUCUAGCUGUUAGAGGGCAAGAGAGGCCUCACCGGGUCCUACCAUCUCUCACGAAGCAGAGGGUGUAACUAUAAUGCGAUAACGAUUCCCGCAUCACCUGGGCUGCAGACAGCGAUGCCAGGGUGACCGCGCAUAGCCCAGGUCCCCACGCAGUCGGUAGUCAGGGAAGGGGACAGGUGUGACACAAACGGCUCCCCAGUUAUGUGACCAGGGCUGCCAGAGAACUGACUGCGCCCGGACAGGCCAAGAAGAGCCCUGCAGGAUGCACAUCUUCCAGGAAGAUGACAGAGGGAGGUAAACCGAGGCAGGGUGGACUCAGAGAAGCAUCCAGACAUCAGUGUGUGUGGAGAGGCAGCUGGGGCAGGAAACGCGUGGACAGGUUAUUGGAUCUUCACCCUGUGGGCAACACGGGGCCUCAGACAGUGUCAAAGGAAGGCGCCUCCAUUUGAAUCGCGCACCCUCACUUUUUGCCAUGACAAUCGCUUGGUCCAGAAACCCGGAUGGUCGUCCUUAGAGUGUCUCCCCUUCCUAGUGUGAAUGGUUUACUACAGAUCCCUGAGCUGCGAAGAGAGGGGAUAAAAAUGCUUUUAUUUGCUGAGAGUUGCUUUUGGCUGUUCUGACUUCUCGUCCUAGAGGAGGUCACGGUGGUGGGCCCAGGGGAGCCCAUCCUGGCCCUCGUCGGGGAGGAGGUGGAGUUCCCGUGCCACCUGUCGCCCUACCUGGACGCCCAGCACAUGGAGAUCCGCUGGUUCCGGAGCCGCACGGCCGACGUGGUCCACCUGUACCGCGAGCGGCAGGAGUUCCCGGGCCGGCAGCUGGCCCAGUUCCGGAACAGGACCAGGCUCAUCAAGGAGGGCAUCCUGGACGGCAGCGUGGUCCUGCAGCUUCGCAGCGUGGCGCCCUCCGACCAGGGCCUGUUCGGGUGCCGCUUCCUCUCCGGCAACUUCUCCGGGGAAGCGGUCUGGGAGCUGGAGGUGGCAGGGCUGGGCUCAGACCCUCACAUCUUCCUCGAGGGCUUCAAGAAAGGAGGCAUUCAGCUGAGGUGCAGCUCCAGUGGCUGGUACCCCAAGCCCAAGGCUCAGUGGAGAGACCACCAGGGACAGUGCCUACCUCCCGAGUCCGAAGCCAUCAUCCAGGACGCCCAGGGCCUGUUCAGUCUGGAAACAUCUGUGGUUGUCCGAGGGGGAGCCCACGGCAACCUGUCCUUAUCCAUCCUGAAUCUCCUCCUGGGCCAGAAGAAGGAGUUGGUGGUCCAGAUAGCAGAAAAGCUAACGCAGGAGGCUGCAAAGAGACAAGGGACACUCACCGCAGAGCUGGAGAAGCUUCAAAUGGAGCUUGACUGGAGACGGGCUGAAGGCCAGGCUGAGUGGAGAGCAGCCCAAAAAUACGCAGCGGAGGUGACCCUGGAUCCCGCCUCGGCGCACCCCAGCCUGGAGGUCUCGGAGGAC